CAUGGCUUGUGUCCACCACACCUUUAUUCCCUAAACCCAAUCCUCUAUAGGUCAUCAUCAUCCAUGGCCUCUUUUUCCAUCACCACCACCAAUGUUUAUGCUUACUACACCGGCGGAAAAUCUCGCCGGAGGAUGCCGGCGGUGAGGGCGGAGGCCGUCAAUCCCGACAUCCGAAAAAGCGAAGACAAAGUGGUCGAUUCCGUUCUCGUCGCCGAUCUUGCUAAGCCCGUCACUCCCUAUUGCAGGUGUUGGAGGUCGGGGACGUUUCCUUUAUGUGAUGGGAGCCAUUUGAAGCACAAUAAGGCGACCGGCGACAACGUUGGCCCGUUGCUUUUGAAGAAGCAGUGAAUUUGAAUUUAAAUUUUGAAUUUAAAUAAAUGUAACACUGUUAUUGUUGCAACUACUAGUAUUAUAAUUAGAACAUCAUAUUUACCUUUUUAUGUGAUUAA